CCGAGUUGCAUAGAAACAUCUCUAAAUCACUUUGCAGAUCUCAAGCCCGGCCCGUUGAAGGCCCAAACCAUCUUAUAUAUAUUAAACGACAUCGUUUUCUCUGUUUCGCUCUUGUAUUGUAUGAUCAAACCUUUCAAUCCUGUGUUUAAAAUCUUCGUUGUUUCGCGUGAAUCAUCCUUUUCGGGGUUUUAGGUUGCGGGGUUUUAGAGUCUCUGUGUCUCAACCUUUAAACUACUUCAACUUGUAUAAGAUUCAGAUAAGUUUACAAGUUACAAUGAUCCGUUAAAGUCUCAAUCUUUGCAAGGUCAUGAACCAUGGCAGUGACCGGAGUUGCUUCUGUCUUUGGCCGUAUCUUGAAACAAGAUAAAACCCACAAGCGUAUUACCGCUACCCGACCCAAAUUUACAGUGACCCGUCAAAUCAUUGAGCACCUCGAAGGCGGCAGUGUAUCGAAAGCCGUCUCUGUUCUCUUUGCUUCUCCAGAGCCAGUUGCGUACUGGCUAUACGAGCGUCUUCUCCGUUGCUGUUCCUCGAAGUCACUUGUUGUGCAAGCCCGUAAGGUCCAAUCCCAUUUAGUAACUUUCUCUCCGUUGCCUCCGAUUUUUUUAUUGAAUAGAGCUAUUGAGGCUUAUGGGAAAUGUGGGUGUGUGGAUGAUGCACGUGAACUGUUUGAGCAAAUGCCUGAACGAGAUGGUGGGUCUUGGAACGCUGUGAUUACUGCUUGUGCGCUCAACGGUGUAUCGGAUGAGGUGUUUCGUACGUUUCGUAGGAUGAAUAGAGAUGGAGUUCGAGCUACGGAGACUUCUUUUGCUGGUGUGUUUAAGUCUUGUGGAGACCUGAGAUUAUUAAGGCAGCUUCAUUGUUCUGUGGUGAAGUAUGGGUAUUCGGGUAAUGUAGAUUUGGAGACUUCGGUUGUUGAUGUUUACGGGAAGUGUGGAGUUAUGAGUGAUGCGAGGAGAGUGUUUGAUGAGAUUGAGAACCCUAGUGAUGUUUCAUGGAAUGUGAUUGUGCGGAGGUAUCUUGAGAUGGGGUUUAAUGAUGAGGCAGUGGGGAUGUUCUUUAAGAUGAUAGAGUUGAAUGUUCGACCUUUGAAUCAUACGGUUUCUAGUGUUAUGUUAGCUUGUUCAAGAUCCUUGGCCCUUGAGGUGGGGAAGGUAAUACACGCCAUUGCUGUCAAAAUUAGUGUUGUGGAAGAUAGAGUUGUGUCUACUUCUAUCUUUGAUAUGUAUGUGAAAUGUGACAGAUUGGAGAGUGCUCGCAGAGCAUUUGACCAAACCAAAUCAAAAGAUUUGAAAUCUUGGACUUCGGCCAUGUCGGGAUAUGCAAUGAGUGCUAUAACUAGAGAGGCAAGGGAGCUAUUUGAUCUGAUGCCUGAACGGAAUAUAAUAUCAUGGAACGCAAUGUUGGGUGGAUAUGUACGUGCUCAUGAGUGGGAUGAGGCACUGGAUUUUCUCACUUUGAUGCGCAAGGAGGUUGAAGAUAUUGAUAAUGUUACUCUUGUCUGGAUUCUAAAUGUCUGCUCAGGUGUAUCAGAUGUUCAAAUGGGGAAGCAAGCUCAUGCUUUUAUCUACCGACAUGGAUAUGAUGUGAAUGUAAUUGUAGCCAAUGGGCUUCUUGAUAUGUACGGGAAAUGUGGUGCCUUGCAGAGUGCCAAUGUUUGGUUUCGCCAAAUGAGUGAACUAAGGGAUGAGGUAUCAUGGAAUGCUUUAUUGACAGGUGUAGCUCGAGUUGGUAGGAGUGAACAAGCCUUAUCUUUCUUUGAAGGAAUGCAAGUGGAAGCCAAACCUAGCAAAUACACACUUGCAACGCUCUUAGCAGGUUGUGCAAACAUUCCUGCUUUAAAUAUAGGCAAAGCAAUCCACGGGUUCCUGAUCAGAAAUGGCUAUGAUAUUGACGUUGUUAUACGGGGUGCUAUGGUUGACAUGUAUUCCAAAUGCCGAUGUUUCGACUAUGCUAUUGACGUAUUCAAAGAGGCAGCUACACGGGACUUGAUUCUAUGGAAUUCUAUUAUCCGUGGAUGUGUUCGUAAUGGAAGAAGCAAGGAAGUCUUUGAGUUGUUCAUGCUUUUGGAAGAUGAAGGAGUUAAGCCUGACCAUGUCACCUUUUUGGGAAUCUUACAAGCUUGCAUACGUGAAGGUCAUGUGGAACUCGGUUUUCAAUAUUUCAGUUCUAUGAGCACCAAAUACCUUAUAUCACCACAGGUUGAGCAUUAUGAUUGUAUGGUUGAACUCUACUGCAAGUAUGGAUGUUUGCAUCAGCUUGAAGAAUUUCUCCUCUUGAUGCCUUUUGAUCCACCUAUGCAAAUGCUGACAAGGAUAUAUGAUGCUUGCCAAAGAUACGGCUGGAAAAAAUUAGGAGCAUGGGCUGCUAAACGGCUUGAUGAAUGAUCAUCACCUUCAGUUAACAUGUAUGACUCAAACAAAAGAAUUGUGUCCUGCAGUCAUGUCGGGGCAUAUGCAUUCAGAAGGAUUGUAGACAAUUCCGCUGUCUUUUGAAGACCAGGAAGAGCAACGGGAAGAAAGCAGUUGAAAUAGGACGUGGACGGAUUAGAGAGACAUCAUUAGUCUAUCCGGACUCUCUAAAUCAUUUGUUUCUUCAGAAGGUAAAAGGAUCUGUCUUCACCCCAAAAAAGCCAGAGCAAUAGAGCUCUGACUCUUUUCGCUUUGAAUGUCUUAGACCCCAGAUAUGUGAUCAGAUGUGUCCAAGCAAGUUCUUCUGCAGUUCAUUGAUGAAGCAACAGCUACAAGCUUACGAUUUGGUUUCCAUCCAUAAGUUAUUCACAGUCUUGAGGUUUAAUUCAGAUGUGUAUACAAAGCGCAGCUCUGGACGUUGAGGGCUUCAUACUGAUUUUCAAUUGUAUUUAGGAAUUUGAGAUUGGUUUAGUUUGCUAUUCAAAAUAUAUAUAUUUGCACAAAUUUAUAUAAAUGACUGCUUUUUUUUUUGUCGGCUGUAGCUUUUGAAACAUAAUAAACAAGUAGUUCAUAAAAAUAAAAAAAUUAACCCAACAUUUGCCGCUAGAAGUAGAACAACACCAUGGGCCAUAUUAUUUGAAUCGUUCGAAUGUAGGGCUGGUUCCCCUCCUAAACCACGUUAACCUCAUGAGGAGGCGGUUGAAGCCGCAGUCGAGCCUCAACCAGAGACCUGGGAUCGGGAAUGGUUCCCUCCGCAGCAUUGGUUCCAUCCAAAGCAUCCACACAU